AUGGGCGCAACACAAAGCAGGACAGCCAUCAAGGAAGCGACCCUAAUGUCAGAAAUCAUCCUUAAGUGCUGUAUAGUGUCCGAAGAGGAUGCAGAAGCUCUACCCUGCCCAGAGUACCAGGAGGGUUUUGACGGCUCUUGCUAUGAGUUUGUGGGUCUGCAGCGAUCCUUCCUCAGUGCCCAGGAGUGGUGUGAGCGCGGUGGAGGACACAUAGCCUUCAUCCUGAACGAUGAAACACAGCAGUUUCUCCAGAAGCACCUGGACCCGGAGAAGGACUGGUGGCUCGGGCUGGCACCUGCAGCUCCAAACCUCACACUCGACUCUGCUGCCGCCGAGGGUUCGCUUGCAUGGCUGGAAGGCUCAGAUGUCAGCUAUAGUAACUGGGUGAACAUACCAGAUGCACAAGCAGCCUGCGGACAUAUCCUGAGACAUUCAGGCUUCCAGUGGGAAGCAUCAGGGAACUGCAGCCAGGAACUCAACUUCAUUUGCCAGUUUGAUUCUGGAAGAUCUAUCGCAUGUGAUGGCCAAAAUGCCACAUUGCAAUGUGGUUCUGGUCAAGUUAUAGAGAUAGAUGACAGCUUCUAUGGUCGAAAAACAAUUCACUACUGCAGAUCCAAACUUACAGCCUCACCCACAUCCUCCCAGGAGGAGUGCAGCUGGAUAGAUGUGAUGGAUUCUGUAACAGCCCAUUGCCACGGUCUGCAGGCGUGCCAGGCUCCGGUGGAUUUGAGCUCUUUUGGCGAACCAUGUCCUGUCCUGGGAAGUUACCUGUCUGUAGAGUACACCUGCAAACAUGGACUCAUCUUGUUGAUGAGCAAGCUGGCUGCCGUCUUUGAAAAUGUCACCAUCACUGUGAAGUGGCUCCUUCAUCCUUUUCAGGGGAACCUCACAUGCACACUGACUGUUGGAGACGGCCACACUAUUGAUCCAUACAGCCCAGAAGAGAUGGAGAGCACUGUGAUUCACAAAUUCAGCCGUCCCGGUGUUUUCAUGGUUGAAGUGGAGUGCACUACCAGUGAAUGGCAUGUCACAGCUCAGAAACACAUAACCAUUCAGGAGCCUGUUGGAGAGUUUGGUGUCAUUAAGUGCUAUAGCAGGAAUAUGUCAACAGGUGGCACUAAAUGCAAUGUGCUUCAUGGUAGUCCUGUUCAGAUCCAGGUUAUGGUAGAGGCAGGUUCAAAUGUUUCCUACACAAUCCAGCAUGAAGGCCAUGUGGUUGCAAACGUGUCAGUGGAGAAUGGUAUCGAACCCCACAACAUUACACUGAGUGAAAGUGUGGUGGAGAAGCUUGGUCACGGCUGCCACAACCUAAAUCUAGCCGCCUCUAACAGGGUCACAGCCCACACAGUGUCCACGGAUCUGAAGCUGUGUCUGCUGGAGCCCAUUGAAGGGCUGCAGGCCUCGGUGAUAGCAGAGGAAGACGUGUGUCCAGACUCUAAUGAUCUCAUCAUUGGUGUUUCGUUGGAGCGGGGAGCCCCUGUGGAGCUGCUCUUCACUCUGACUGGAGCCAGCGACACACUCUCCGAGAAUAAAGACAUGCUCAAUGGCAGCUUACAGGCUUUUACAUUCUCCAGCCCACUUGAAGGACCGUUGAGGGUGACGCUACGAGCUGUGAAUGACCUCUCUGCCUCUGAUGUGGACGUGGACUUAGAGAACAUACUUUUGGCUUGCCAGAAUCUCUCAGACUUUUCACCAGAUAAGGAUGGAAACACAACAGGUAGUGUGAGUAUCGACAACUUGAACAUAACUGCUACUCCGGACACGUUGGUUGACUACACUCAGAGUGUCACACUGAGUGUAACUGGAACUGAAUCGUUGCCCAGGAAAGGACUGGCAUUUGAAUGGAAGUGUAGGAAGAAUGAGCUAGGUUUUGCCAAGUACACUUUUCCAAUACCAGGUCCUGAGCCAACUGAACCAGCUGCUACUGAUGCUCCUGCAGACAACCGGCCCCCCUCAUGUAGCAUCUCUCCUUCGUCAGGAACAGUUCUAGAUGCUUUUGACAUAACCUGCAAAUCAAGCUCUUUCUGCUCUAGAGGCUGUUUGUAUUGCUUUAAAACAGACACAGGAAAACAUCUGCGCUGCAGUAAUGCAAAUGAAGUUAAAUCUGUCUUCCUGCCUCUCGGAGAUAAGAACAACAACUACAGUUUGUCUGUUGUGGUGACUGUGAAAAAUGAAUAUGAGAAAGCCAGCACUACUGUUGUCUCCACUCAGGUACGAAAAAGCAGCUCCAGCACGUCUGUGGAGGCUCUCCAAUCUGCAGUGGAGGACAGUGUGAGUCAGUUAGAGCAGCAGGGUCUUCUCUCUGGUGAGGCACUUGGACAAAUAUUUACUUCAGUUUCUGAUAUGCUGAAUACAGAGGACGGCCAAGAACAGAAGGAUGCAAGGACGAAGCUCAGAAAGCAAAUGCUGACCAAAAUGACCAGAGUUCUGCAAGACUCACCCAGCAACACAACUCAGGAAGUGCAAGUGACGGCCAGAGCUGUGGCCGGACUCACCCAUCGCCCAGACGAGCUCAGUCCCGCUGCUCAAGUUCAGUAUAGUUCGUUGUUGGUAGACCUCAGCUCCUCCCUCAAGACCAUUAGUGUAAAUCAGGACGAUGGAGAUGAAGGAGAAGUUGUGCAAGCAGCUACACCAAUAGUUGAAGCAGCCAGUAAUAUUUUGAAUGUUUCGUCCAAUGUAAGUCCUCAGAAAAAAGUCUCAGAUUUUCUUCUUACUGGGAUAAGCAAUGUUCAGAGUGCUUUGCUGAAUAAUAAAAAGCUGAAUGGAGACCCCGCCAUCAUUGAUUCUGGUCAGAUCAGUGUGUAUGUUAACAGAGUGUCUCCAGAAAAGAUGCAAAUGCAGGAUAUAAACGUCCAGAAGAACAGCUCCUCCAGAUUUUCCUUCCCCGCGCUGCCUGCUCAUAUUGUCUCUCCAGAGGAGCCAGUUGAUGUCAGAAUGAUGAGUUUUGAGAAAAACCCGUAUUCCUGGAACGAAGGAAACAUCACAGGAACUGUAGGAUCCGUCUCUCUCACCAGAAUGAACGGCACUGUCAUUCCUGUAGAGAAUUUACCUGACGAGAUAGAGAUUUUCCUACCAAGGCUUGAUGUUGGGCAGGAGAUCAGCACGGUGCUGGACCUGGCCAAUUUCAGCACGUUAAUAAUUAACGUUCCCUCGCCGGAUGUAACACUGGUCCUGAAAAUGGAUCCGUCUGAAAACAUAUCCUUCAUGCUAUUCCUGGGAUGUAAAGAUUAUCCAAAUGCUGAGAAUUAUGUAGCCAAGACUCAGAUGCCUCUAGAGAACGCCAAAGGGGAGGGAAAAUACACCUGGGUGCUGAGUCCCAAAGACAGAAGAGGAGAAGUUGGAGAGCACUACCUUGUGAUGAAGCCCAUUGUUGAGCCGGGCGUCAAAUCCAUGAAUGCCACUGUCACUGUCAUUUCCAUCGCUGCCCAGUGCAAAUACUGGAAUGAAACCGAGUCUACCUGGAGUGAAGAUGGCUGCAGGGUCGGUCCGCUCACCACGCAUCUGGUCACCCACUGCCUCUGCAACCACUUGACUUUCUUCGGCAGCUCCUUCUUUGUCAUGCCGAACUUAGUUGAUGUGUCACGUACAGCAGAACUUUUUGCUACGUUCACCAACAAUCCCGUGGUGGUGUGUUUUGUGGGGGCCAUCUUUGCUGCCUAUCUUCUGGUGGUUGUAUGGGCACGCAGAAAAGACAUCCAGGACUCAGCUAAGGUCAAGAUAACAGUGCUGGAGGAUAAUGACCCCUUGGCUGAGUAUCAUUAUAUGCUGAAUAUCAGUACAGGUCAUCGGCAUGGUGCAUCCACCUCCUCUCAGGUGACAAUAACGCUGCUGGGCACAGAGGGAGAAAGUGAGCCCCACCACCUGAUAGAUCCUGAGAAGCCAGUGUUUGAAAGGGGUGGGUCGGACAUGUUCCUGCUGACCACACACUUUUCCCUGGGAGAUGUACAGAGCAUCCGACUGUGGCACGACAACUCAGGAGCACAUCCUGCAUGGUACGUCAACAAAGUAACUGUGCAGGAUCUGGAGAGUGGUCAGAAAUGGCACUUCCUGUGUAAUUCCUGGCUGGCUGUAGAUGUGGGAGAGUGCGCUCUUGACAAGGUCUUCCCAGUAGCCACAGAGAUGGACUUGAAGAGGUUUAGUAACCUGUUCUUCAUGAAGACAGCCAAGGAUUUCAGGGACGGCCAUAUCUGGUUCUCUGUCAUCAGUCGGCCUCCCUGCAGCACUUUCACACGAGUGCAGAGAGUGUCCUGCUGUUUUUCCUUGCUGCUUUGCACCAUGCUGACCAGCAUCAUGUUUUGGGGUAUCCCCACUGACCCCUCCGAGCAGACCAUGGACCUGGGUCACAUCGAGUUCACUUGGCAACAAGUCAUGAUCGGAGUACAAAGUUCAAUCAUCAUGUUUCCCAUCAAUCUCCUCAUCGUGAGUAUCUUUAGAAACACUCGGCCUCGAGAGAGGCGCACCAAAACGGACACGUCUAAACAAGGAAAGACUGGCCGAGUUUCUCCCUCGCAAACGCCUUCCCCUCUGAAAGCGCUGAAGGACAUCACACCCGACACUGUGAUCAAGGACAUAAAGAGAAUUGCUCAGUCACUCUCGAAGGCCAUGAAGAGUCCGCUGCCUCACCUGGAGCUCCGGCCUGGUCAGCAGGCGGACAUCAACACUCUGCUGUCUCUAGUGGAGGACAUCAUCAGACAGCAGAACUGUGCGGCCGGAGACUUCUACACUGACACCUCCAAGAGGGAUCGCUCUAUGAUUCUAAGUUUACAUGCAGUUAAACUAGAACAAGAAAACAGUGUUUUGGGGAGCCCUGAGAAGAUGUCAGAUGAAGUUCAGAAGAAGAGCAACAACAGCCGGUACCUGUACAAGCAGCUGCGUCAUGUUGAGAAGGAGCUUGGUUUGUUGGGACCUUCUCUUUUUCCAAAUCCGGACAGCUACAACCGAGCCAUGCAACAAGUUCAGGGAAUGAAGGGUCUCCUGGAGUACCAGUUCCCCUCAUCCAGCCUGGAGGGAGACCAGCUGGACCGCAGCCCCAGUCCAGAAGAGAGUGCCAACGGAGAGUCCACCAAGAAGUCUAGUCAAGGCGGGCUGCCGUGGUGGUUUGUGUUUGUUGGUUGGAUACUGGUGAUUGCAACCAGCGGUGUGUCGGGAUACUUCACCAUGAUGUAUGGGCUGACGUACGGGAAAGACCGCUCCAUAAGCUGGCUUAUCUCCAUGGUGGUGUCCUUCUUUGAGAGCCUCUUUAUUACUCAGCCUCUGAAGGUUCUUGGUUUUGCUGCUUUUUUCGCUCUUGUUCUAAAGAAAGUUGACCAGGAGGAGUACGGAGAACCUCAGAUAGAUGAGAGUCUGAGGAACACAGAUGAUCCUGAUACAGUGCGGGCAGCGAGAAGAGACAGCACAUGCAGCUUCUAUCAGCCACCACCUCCCACUGACAUCGAGAGGAUAAAGAACAACAUGAUUAAAGAACAGAAGGUCUUCGCACUUAUAAGGGAGAUCCUUGCCUACAUGGGAUUUAUGUGGAUGUUGCUCCUGGUGGCGUACGGUCAGAGGGACCCCAACGCUUACUUUCUGACCCAACACAUUCGGCAGAGCUUCAGCAGAGGGAUCUCUGACAGUUUGAGUAUUCAGGAUAUGUUCAACUGGGCAAACACAACCCUACUGAGCAACCUGUUUGGAGAGCACGCAGGAUUCAUCACAGAUGGAAACUCCAAGCUGGUGGGUAAUGCUCGUCUUCGCCAGGUGAGGGUGCAUCAGAACUCCUGCCACGUGGCUCCCUCCAUGCAGCAGUCUCAGGGGGACUGUCACGCUCCGUACUCGUGGGAGUUGGAAGACAUGGACUCCUAUGGUCCAGGCUGGAGCCGCUCUGAGGGUGAUAACACCUCGCUGAACCUUCAAAGCCCGUGGACGUACCGGUCCCAGCGCCAACUGAGGGCCUCCCCCAUCUGGGGCAGCGUGAAGCUUUACAGAGGGGGAGGGUUUGUGGUGGAUCUAGGGCCAGAUUUACAUAAUUCAAGCAGAUCCCUCCAGUACCUUUAUGACAACACCUGGAUUGAUGUGUACACCCAAGCGGUCUUUGUAGAGUUCACUGUGUACAAUGCCAACGUCAACCUCUUCUGCAUUGUCACUCUCAUGCUGGAGACCACAGCCAUAGGAGCUUUCCAGUUCCGCAGUGAGCUUCAGAGUGUGCGCCUUUACCAGUCGACCGGAGGCCUUCACAUUUUUGUCAUGGCCUCUGAAGCUAUUUACUUCCUCUUCAUCAUCUAUUACAUGUUUGUCCAGGGAAAGCUGAUGAAGCAGCAGAGAUGGGCUUAUUUUAAGAGCAAGUGGAACCUGCUUGAGCUCGCAAUUAUCAUCCUCAGUUGGAGUGCGCUGUCUGUCUUCAUCAAGAGGACUUUACUGGGGAACCGGGACAUGGAGUACUACCAGAACAACAAAGACCAAUACGCCAGUUUCCAUGAGACAGCCAAGGCCGAUGCGGUGUUGGGGUAUCUGAUUGCCUUCCUGGUGCUAUUGGCUACAGUCAAACUCUGGCACCUGCUGAGACUGAACCCUAAGCUGCACAUGAUCACAGCCACGCUGCAGCGAGCCUGGACUGAUAUCUCAGGCUUCCUGGUGGUCAUGACCAUCAUGUUCCUGGCCUACUCCAUUGCUUCUAACCUAAUGUAUGGGUGGAAGUUAUACUCCUAUCGGACUCUGCUGAAUGCUGCACAGACCAUGGUCAGCCUGCAGCUUGGUAUAUUCAACUAUGAAGAGGUUUUGAAUUACAAUCCAGUGCUUGGAGCUUUCCUCAUCGGAUCCUGCAUUGUGUUCAUGACCUUUGUGGUGCUGAACCUCUUCAUCUCUGUCAUUCUGGUGGCAUUCAGUCAAGAGCAGAUCCAUCACAAGCCGUCAGAAGAGGAUGAGAUUGUGGAUCUGAUGCUGAUGAAACUCUUCAGUUUGUUUGGACUCAAAACUAAGAAACAAGCUGGUGACUGCCCAACUGAUUGUCCAGCUGGUUCAUCUGCUUCAAAUAAUGGACUCUCAACGGUUUCUUCUGGGAAAGUUUGUGAUGGCUGACAUGCUCUCACAGAAUCCUUUUUUCAGUUUCUGCUUUUGUUGCUUUGUGACUGAAUUGCAAUGAAUUGUUCUUAUAAGUAUGUAAAUGAUUAGCAUUUGUCUCUACUGCUGCAGAUAUGUCACUUGUGUAGGAGAAGCUUAAACACUGAGAGAAAGUAGGAACUGAGGAUGAUUCUUAUGUUACGCACUGAGGCACUGUAUUUAUGCUGUUGUAUAUUUUGUUAAUCAAAUAAAUAAAAAAUA